GUAAAAGCGACAGACAGAGGAUGGAUUGCACAGUGCAUGUACUAUUCUUUUUCUUUCAUUAAUCGUUAUAACGUCGGUGUCCCUGCUGCAAAAAUGUUUAUAGUGUAGUUCGAUAAGCAGUAUUAUCACGAAAAAUGACUCGUAAUUACGCGGACAGUUGAACAUUAUCGGUGACUUUGGCCUCUGGCGUGAGCGCCGUCGAUUUCGUUCAUACGGUUGUGUCAAACCUGUCUUGAAUCUGUCAUACGCAUACGUAUGAAUGAGCUACGUGCUUUCUGCAGCGUUGGUGAAGCGAAAUAAAACUGCUCGAGGUGAAUUGUAGCUACAAAAUAUGUAAAGACAAUGACCGUUCUAAGAACCGAUAACCUAUCGCUCUAGAUCUAUAUUUAGCUUGGGGUCCAGUGUCUAUUCAGUUGCAAAACAAUUCUAAAUAUAUUUGGUUGCUAACUAAGGUACAUCUCUUUGAAUUUUCAGGACAAAACUGGGUCCAUAUAAUUUAGUCUGUCAAGGACAUCCUUACAAGCUUUAAUUACUACCCGUGGUAAUCAGACCUUACACUGGAAAAUUCUCUCGUCAUACGGUGUUAAUGGUUAAAAACAACUUCGAAUUCAACAUACAUUUACAUAGCAUAUGUGAUAUGUGUGUUUGUAUGUAUUCUAGCGUGAUUGCGAAUUCUUGUUGCUCUCUCUCUUUCUACCAUUGUUCUUGAAAAACAACAUUUCUUCUCAUUAAUUAUAUGUUUUUAAAAUUAAAAUCGAUCAGAUCAACACUAAAUCAUCCUCGGAGGGAUAAACGGUAAAUAAUCAUCUUCUAUCACUGUAUAAUAGAAAAAAAACAAAGAGAAAAGCUUUCACUUUCUGAAGAAUGACGUUGACUCGGAACAGCAUCAAGACAUUAAUAAACAUGUACUUCGAAGAGUUUAAUCAUUAAUAACUCCAAUGUUUGCCUGUGAUCGAAACACAAUGCCAGUGCAUCAAAUCAAUGUUUAUCCACCUGAUUGGCAGUCCCAACCAUUGGGCCCAUCCAGCAAUGUCAGUUCAGGAAGCGGAGAACCUCCACUAGAAUGGAUACCAAGGGAAGUAGCAUAUUCUACAGUCGUUGUUUUACCUGACCAUCCCCACUCAUCAAUGAGUACCUUGUCUUCAAAUAGUCAUGACAUUUGCCGAAUAUGCCAUUGUGAAGGUGAGAUUGGAGCUCCGCUACUAGCACCAUGUUAUUGUAGCGGAAGUCUACGUUACGUCCACCAAGCCUGUCUUCAACAAUGGAUAAAGGCUUCAGACACUCGUGCCUGUGAAUUAUGUAAAUUCACUUUCAUCAUGCAUGCCAAGACAAAACCAUUUUCAGAGUGGGAAAAACUUGAAAUGUCAGCCCUGGAGCGCCGUAAAUUAUGGUGCGCCCUUGCUUUUAAUGCUGUUGCAGCACUGUGUAUUGCGUGGUCUUUAUACGUUCUUGUUGAACGUUCUAUCGAAGAAGCACGGAGAGGGUCUAUGGACUGGCCAUUUUGGACAAAGAUGAUUGUCGUUGCAAUUGGUUUUACCGGAGGGUUGGUGUUUAUGUAUAUUCAAUGCAAAGCUUACAUUACAAUUUGCAGAAGAUGGCGUGCAUUCAACAGAGUUAUUUUCAUACAGAAUGCGCCAGAAAAAGUGGUGCUUCCACCGUCCCCUACGGAUUCUCUCAGAGAUGUAACGUUACCUUUGAAAGAUCCCACAGGCUCGAUGCCUGAGCUGAAUCACACUCUGUUACCCCGUGCUGAUCCUGCAAGUGCUUCUCAGACAGUGAAAUUAGAGUCUGCACCACCUCCCCCAAGGCAUGACGCCCAACUGAAGCUUUAUGUAUUCGACAAGCUAUCUUCAUCUGAAGACAAUUUAUACAACAAAAGUGAUAACUGUUAAAUCUGUGACAAUUGAUCAAUGUAUUCGAUCAUACCUAAUUGUGACCCUGAGAAUAUAGUGGAAAGAACUAAUAGUCAAUCCUGCAGUACAGACUUUAAAGGAUCAAAAGGCUGUGUUUAUUAAUCUCGUAGUUUUGAUAGAAUAAAUGACAAACUAGUUACUUAUUAACUGCUAACAUUACCAUAGAUAAAUCAUUGUUACAUUUUUAUAUAGUGCCACAAAGUUACCGUAGAUAAUACAUACUGUUUAAUCAAUUAAAAAUGCACAAUCGUUACGUUAGGUGUAAUGAAGUGAUCUUAAUUUUAACGAUGACGAACUAUGCCUGCAGUUUUUCAUUAUCAAAAUUUGUAGAUGUAAGUUCAAUGCGUAUGUUUAUGAUGUUUUUUUAUACAUCACAUUACGAUAUCAACAUAUAUACAUAUAUAUUAUCGUACACUAUAAUAAUUGAGUGAACUGUACCAGUUUUAUCUUACUACUUACAUUUAGUAUACAUACUUUCUACUGUAUUCUUAGUCAGGAUUUGGUACUCCAGUCUCGACUCCAGUACUUAGAUUGACAGCGAGGUGCUCCAAAGUUCGAAGCGGAGGUCUCGGACAAGUAUGUACAUAAUUAUUGUAUCUGUGAUGUUAAUAAAUAAACUUUAACAUAUUUGAAUAAUAGCGUUUAGCUUUGUAUUUAAUGUAAUGCUUAUGUACUCUUGUAUUGAAUAUCGCGCUUAUGUUAGGCGCGAAAGUACGUUUGCAAUCAAUUGAGGGUGAAAAUCCCUUAAGAAAGGUAGAGAUCCUUUACCUGCCUCUGCUAUCAGUAGCAAAAGAUUCCUACAUAAAGGGUGUCUGAUUUACGAUGAGCCGGGACGGCGCGAUCAAAUGUAAGACAAGAUCUUUAGCCAAUCACAACUUGUGUCCAUUCGAGAGGACCAAUGAAACGCUAAUUAAACUCCCUCUAGAAUGCCUGAAAAAGUUUAUAGAAUCGAUAUGGAUUCACGAGUAAGUACGAUUUUCACCGAAAAUCCCCGAAUAUCAACGUUAACCUGCAAUAUAUCUAGUAAAAGCUAAACUGAUGUGCUGCGCCGCUAUUUGUUGCAUCACGUCCGUUCGGUUUUGUGAAUAAUUUGAAACAUGUAACUAUGCAAUUGGUGUGUACAGGUCAGUGAUCACAGUGCUUCGUCGUAGAUAAGGUAGUUUCACUUAUUCGCCAAAUAUUCUACACGUGAAAAUGUCUGAAGUACGAAAACGAAUAAUCGGAGAUGUGGCAGCGGGAGACGUCAACGACGAUCAU